UGUCGGAAAUCUCCUGAAUAACAAUAUUGAAGUGUAUCGAAUAUGAAUGCGUUAGCUUAUCUGGCCUAUAUAAUAUUUACAUAUCUUUCCAUGGCAGGAAAAUCUGACGGUUAUUCUAGUAAAGAAGCCCCAGCUAAUUCUUCCCAUUUGCCGAUGAGUGUUUCAUGGUCGAACCCUUUGUGGAAUCAGUAUACUGCAUAUCAAAAGACUGGUACCGGAAUACCCGCUCAACCAACGACUCAUGAAACACCUCAAACUUCACCAGCACUGCAACACAGAGCGCAAAGAGCAUUAGAAGCUGGAUCAGUAUCACGGCCUCAAAGAAAUUAUCAGUGCCCUAUUCCUACAUGCAGCUUUCCAUCUAUUUGCGUCAAAGUAGAUAUUUUUGCGACUUGUGUUCCGCCCAAACCAUCUGCAUCCACCAAUAAUUCAUGUUCUACACCUGGCCCAUGCCUAACAACAGUUACCAAGACAGCAACUGAUACAACAACUUUAAUAUCAACCAGCACUCAAACCGAGACAAGUACAGCGGUUGCUACCAUAACUAACACUGAAACAACAACAAAUACAGCACUGACCACACAGACCCACACACAGACAGAUGUUGUCACUGCAACUUCUACUCUGACUACUACAAAUACACAAGUAGCCACCAGCACUCAUCACACCACGGAAACAAGCACAGCUGUAUUAACCAGUCACCAGCCAGUAACCAGCACGAAGACUCUGACAACUACAAGUACAAGGAUAGUAAAUACCACUGACACUCAUACUAUGACUACUACAGAUGUGAUAAGAACAACAGCAACAACUACAAACAUUGUGACGAGCACUGCAAACAAAACUAACACACACACCUUAACAACGACGAAAACAGACACAGUUACUAGCACAGGAAUUACAACAAGCGCUUUACUGACCACAGCCACCACAACAAACACCGUUAAUACCACUCAUCUCGCGACAAAAACACUAACUAAAACUCUGACUACAGUGGCAACGCAAACUUCAACUUCAACGUAUAAUGCCACAAAUGUUAUUACUGCUACGACAACAUCUACAGCUACAGCCACCAGUACUGCUGUUUUGACUGCAACAAGCACUGCUAAGACCACCGAUACAUUGACCGCAACCAGUACAGCAGUGCUGACACAGACUUUGACCAACACUCACAACCAAACAUUAACCCAAACUAACACACUUACAGCAACCUCCACCAGUGUGGUAACCACUUGUAGCGCUAGCUGCUUUACUGUAGUACCUACUCCUACUCCUUUGCCACCUACACCACCUACACCAAAACCACCAGUUUGCGAGCAGGCGCUGGAUAUCGGCCUAAUCAUUGAUGCUUCUGAGAGUGUCAAGCUACCUAAUUACCAGCUUUGUCUACAGUUUGUAGCUAACUUGACAGAACACUUUAAAGUGUCACAGAAGGGAACUCAUUUUGGAAGUAUAGUUUACAGCAGUGAGGCUGAACUUCAAUUCAGCUUUAAGGACGUUCAAUAUCAUAACCCCGAAAGUCUAAAGCAAAAGAUAAAAAGUUUUCCUUACUUGAGAGAGGGAACAAGAACCGACAAAGCACUGGAACUUGCAAACACUUCACUGUUUUCUGGGCAAGGAGGGGAUCGGUUUGACAAGCCUGACGUCCUUAUUGUUAUCACCGAUGGGUUAACAGAUCCUGAAAGGAGCAAACCAUACCCACUGGUAUUACAACCUCUUAAGGAUAAGAAUGUUGUUGUGAUUGCCGUUGGUGUUGGAAAGGAUGUGAAUAAACCCGAGUUGACGUCCAUAGCUAUGGGUGAUGCUAAUCACGUUUUUAUGGUCGAUCAAUACACAGACCUGGUCAAAAUCAUAAAUGCUCUUCUCGACAAAUCGUGCUCUGCUGCGGCACAACAGAAAAUAUUACCGUCGAAAGCUGUUGAACUUGUCAAGGAUCAAGAACACCAUAAUGGCGACUGUCCGGUGCAAUUCAUCAAAAAAGGUUGUUUUAACGAUUUACAAAGUCCAAAGCCUUUGCCGAAAUUGAUGUUUACAGACCUCAAUGCUAGAGACGCCAAAUUUAGUGGUGUUCCAAUAGACUGGGGAAGCUGGGCCAGUUAUCUGCAGAACGUGGUUUGUCGAUGUGCUCAAGUUUCGAAAGCAAAAGGAUUUUAUCAUUUUGGGAUUGAAAAUUUUGGUGAGUGUUGGUCAGGUGAAAAUUCAGACAAAACGUACAGUAAUGACGGUCCGUCUGAAUUCUGCAUCUCGAAGGAAUUCGCUGAGUGUGAUACAAACGAUGCGAAUGUUUGCGGCGGGAACGCGACUACCACAUACGUUUACAGCAUAUCUAAAGAAAACGAGUCUAAGCAAGGUAACAUUUCUUCAAGGGAGCAGGGAUGGCACAGUGCGAAACGUUGCUUCACAAAGUUCAAGAAAGUCGGCUGUUUUUCUGACCUGCAAACGUCUUCCAGGCCUAUGCCAGAGCUUAUUUUUACUGACAUGGAUGAGAGCUCAACCAAAUACAGCGGCAAUAAAGCACAGCUGGGGGAACUCAACACUUACCUGAGUGACUUACUUUGCCGAUGUGCUGAACUCACCCAGGAGCUUGGCUACGAAUACUUUGGAGUGCAAAAUCACGGUGAGUGUUACUCGGGACCGAGUGUUAAGCAUACCUACAGCAAAGAUGGUUUUUCAAACAAAUGCAUUACAAGAAAUUUCAAACAGUGCCCUACCGGGAAACAACACGACAGAAUAGAUGACCAGGACUACUGUGUGGGAGCACAAGGCGCUAAUUAUGUUUAUCAUGUCUAGCUCAGAUAUCUCGAAACGCUUAUAGGCAACAGUAAAGCUAAGACGAGUCUUUUCUCCGGUCGACUGAUCCAGUGAGAAUAUUUGACUAAGAUUGUAACCCUCAUGUUGUUUGUUACAUGUACUUUCUUCCCAGUUAAGGCGCAAUAUUAAAUUUCUUGAUCUCAUUGAGAUAUUUUGAUAAAGGCGCCCUCUAUCUCAUUCUACAUACGAGCAGCUGCUCGUUUUAGAUAUGACUGAGAGAGUUAUCAUCCCGCCUGAAUAGACUAAGGUUAGUGAAGUGAUGCCGAGUAAUCUCCAUCAAUAUCGUCUUAUUUGACCAAAAAGAAAGUAGUCUGAAGUGAUUUCUUUGUCUCCUGCCCUCACCGCAGACUAAAGCUGCUUAAAUCCAAUAGCUUGUGCCUCUUAGUUUGCUGUAUUUGUGUCGAAAUUUAUCCGAGGGUAUUGGUGAUUCUCAUCAAGCUCAUGUCGUGGAUUUAAUAAAUCUUCUGGUUUUCAACUUUAUUACUUAGUCUAAAUUUUGUUACAAAACCCAGACUGAAGCUGAGAAAAUAUUAAAAGUGAUAUUCUUAAAUCGAUAAAGUUCAGACUCAGCUGCUAUUAUUGCGUUCCAUUAGCUUGUGUCGGUCUCGUCUCAGUUGAUACUCACCGUCUUGAACAUACCCAGCUGUUUCCAAAGACAGUGAAACAGAGAAAACGAACAUUAGGAGAAGAAAUCAAUA